AUGGCUUUGAUGCCUAUAAAAUUUGACUUGACCAAGAGGGUCAAGCUGGCCCAAGGACUGUGGCUCCUGUACUGGCUCUCUGUCAUGGCUGGGGUCCUCAUCUUCAGCAUGGGGAUUUUCUUCAAGAUCGAGCUCCGCAAAAGAAGCGAGAUGAUGGAUAACAAUGAAAGUCAUUUUGUGCCCAACCUGCUCAUUCUGGUGGGACUUGUGGCCUGUGUUAUCAACGCUUUUGGGGGCAAAGUGUGCCAUGACUCCCUUGACACAAUCAAGUUUACCAAGUGGAAACCAGUGUUGAAGACCUACAUGAGUGGAUGUGUGGUUUUCUGCUUCGCUCUUUUUGUCACGGCUCUGCUGUGUUUCUUGAUGCAGAUCUCUCUGCAUUUCGCCCUGGCGGAAGGCCUGAAGAAUGGAAUGAAGUACUACAAAGAUACAGACACACCAGGACGAUGCUUCAUGAAGAGAACCCUAGAUAUGACCCAGAUUGAGUUCCGUUGCUGUGGCAACAACAACUACAAGGAUUGGUUUGAGAUCCAGUGGAUUAGCAACCGCUACCUGGACUUCAGCAAUGACGAAGUUAAAGCCCGUGUCCAGAGCAACGUGGAAGGCAAAUACUUGAUGGAAAGCGUUCCCUUCAGCUGUUGCAACCCUGGCUCUCCUCGCCCUUGUAUCCAACAUCACCUGACCAACAACUCCGCUCACUACAGCUACGACCACCACACCGAGGACCUAAACAUCUGGACCAGAGGCUGCCGUGAGGCCCUGGUGUCCUACUAUGGGGGCACGAUGAACAGUAUUGGUGCUUUUGUGCUGCUUUUCAUUAGUAUGCAGGCUGUCGUGACUGUUGGUAUGCAGUACCUGAGCACCUCACUGGAAACCCUGGCAGACCCAGAGAAUCCUGAGAGCGAAAGUGAGGGAUGGCUGCUGGAAAAGAGUGUGAAGGAGACACUUUCUGACAUCAUGACGAAGAUCACGUCGCUGUUUAAAGGCAACCAGGUACAGGAGGAAGAUGCAGAAGCGGCUCCCACAUAAAGGGUCAUGCCCACUCCCACCCCAUCAUGUCUGUGGCCACGCCCACCUUUGGGAGAAGGAAUGCAUGAAAGGUUGAUUAAAAUGUUCUCUCUUAAAAAUAUAGGUGUAUAUGCAUACAUAUGAGAUCAGUACACCCACAUUUUAAUGAGAUUCCAAUUGAUGUGAAUGUACACACUACAAUGUAAAUAUGAUUAAAAUGUAAGUUUAUUUUUUAAUAUUUUAAGAACUAAAUAUAUCUGUAAAUGUUCUGAUAUUAUCAUCUAACCACAUCUGAUAUUCUGACCAAAUAAGCCUCACUGUCCACGUCCAUCUGUUGCAGUUUGAUCCUUAUAUUUCCAGUUUAUUGGUUGAGCGGAUGUUUAACCCGACAGCCUCACACAUACAAUAACACAUUUCACCAUAAAGCCAACAGGCACUAUUAAAUCACUUUUCAGUAAGAAAUCACUUUUCUUGAAGGGGUCACACGGCAGCUUUUAACCGGCAGCUGAGGAAAAUGUGUUUUUGUAAGCGUUCAGUCACCUCCCACACCUUAAAGGGAUGGAAACAGUGGCACACCUUGCUUUUUACACAACGCUGCCUUUAACAGGCCUUAGGUUGUCUGACUUUCAAAAGCAUGUUGAUGGUGAUCUACUGGAGAGCAGAACUCUGUAACAAUGGGGAAACUAUUCUGUAACGACAGAAUAUUGUACUCAACAUGCUCACCAUUAAUGUGUGUAGUUCUCGGGUUAAAUAUCUGCCUCACAAACAGGCUUUGUGCUCUGUUGGGCAUACAGUUGUGGGACAAUUAACUUAUAAAAGAUUUUAGUCAGUUGUGUGUGAUUUGUUAAUCUAAGUCAGACAACCCAAUCAGUUGUAUUCUUUUUUUUUUUUUCAUACCAUUUGUGUGAAUUUUUUAAUUUUCACAGGCACCUCUUUCUGUAUAUUUGACCUUGAUUUUGAAGUAAUGUCAGUAUUUGUGGACUGAGUGGAUCAUGUAGAAAACUCCAUUUGUGAGAUAAAGAUGUUUAAUUAGA